CUGGCGAGUGAGUGACGACAGAAUCAGUAAACUCGUCAGCUGUCUCAAGUACUUCGUGGCUUGCAGGGUAUCUUUUCCUAUGGAUUAGCUUUCUUCUCUAUUCGUUCCACGAUCAGUUCAUGGGUCUCAAAUGAUCAUUGUUCUUGCGCUUAUGAGCCAUCAAAUACCUGUUACUUGUAAUUGUCGAGAUCGGUUGUUUUUUUUUUCCCCAUCGUGGUCCGUCGGGUUUGGAUCUGGUUAUUCAUUCAAGUUUGCAGAGCUCCCAGAAUCAAGUUAUUUUCAGUUUUCAGCCUCUGGGUUUUCUCUCAUGACCAUCACGGACGAAGAUGAUUUAGUUUCUAGUUGAUUUCUUUAUUAUUUUCCUCAACUCUAUGAUAAUUUGAUCCAUUAAAUAGGAGUCGAUUUAUUUAUGAAAAUUUUAUUCAAGAUUUACGUAAGUUUAAUUUGUCGAUGUUAAUCGAUGGUGUUAUCAUGUUUUCUGUUGUCCCAUAGAUAGAUGAACACUUUCAUUAGUGCCAUUGGCCGUUUUUUGGAGUGAUUAUGGAGAAACAGAGCAGCUUUCGAGCUUGUACAGUGGAAAAGCAACGAAGUUUUCGCGGGGCAAUGGAAAAACAGAGGAGCUUUCGCGGAUUUAUGGAAAAACAGAAAAGUUUUCGCAUAGUGAUGGAGAAGCAGCUCAGCUUCAUUGGAAGCGAGAGGAAAAGGAGCAAGGAAUCACCCGGGAAACGAGGUGACUCCCCACUUCAUUUAGCAGCUCGGGCUGGCAACACAAAUAGAGUCAAGGAGAUAAUUCAAAAUUGUGACGGUAACGAGUCAAAGGAUUUGUUGUCAAAGCAGAAUCUGGAGGGGGAGACACCUCUUUAUGUCGCUUCAGAGAAUGGGUAUGAUUUAGUUGUGAGCGACAUGUUGAAGCACUUGGACCUGCAAGUUGCGUCUAUUGCGGCUAGAAAUGGCUAUGAUCCAUUCCAUGUCGCUGCAAAGCAUGGUCAUCUAGAGGUAUUGAGAGAACUGCUACGCUCCUUUCCUAACUUGGCCAUGACCACAGAUUUGUCCAAUUCAACUGCUUUACACACAGCUGCAACCCAGGGUCAUAUUGAAGUGGUUAACCUCCUUUUGGAAUCAGACUCAAACCUUGCAAAAAUAGCCAGGAAUAAUGGAAAGACUGUUCUUCACUCUGCAGCUAGAAUGGGGCAUUUGGAAAUUGUGAAAGCCUUACUGAACAAGGAUCCGAGCACUGGAUUUAGGACAGAUAAGAAAGGUCAAACUGCUUUGCACAUGGCUGUUAAGGGGCAAAAUGAAGAAAUUCUGCUAGAAUUGGUAAAACCUGACCCAUCUAUUUUGGGUCUGGAGGAUAAUAAAGGAAAUACAGCAUUGCAUGUUGCCACAAAGAAAGGGCGUUUGCAGAAUGUUUUCUGUUUAUUAUCUAUGGAAGGUAUCAAUGUGAACUCCGUCAACAAGGCUGGGGAGACCCCUCUUGACAUUGCAGAACAAUUUGGAACUCCAGAACUUGUCUCCAUUUUAAGGGAUGCUGGAGCUGCUAAUUCUGCCGACCAAAAGAAUCCUCGAAAUGCAUCAAAUCAACUUAAGCAGACGGUUAGUGACAUAAAGCAUGAUGUGCAAUCCCAACUCCAGCAAACUCGUCAAACUGGUACGAGGGUCCAGAAAAUUGCGAAGAAGUUGAAAAAGCUCCAUAUUAGUGGCUUGAACAAUGCCAUAAAUUCUGCAACUGUUGUCGCUGUUCUUAUUGCUACAGUUGCAUUUGCAGCCAUCUUCACUAUCCCUGGCCAAUAUGAUGAAAAGAAAGUAGGGGACUUUUCACUUGGACAGGCAAAUAUAGCAAAUGAUGCAGCUUUUCUGAUAUUUUUCGUGUUCGAUAGCUUGGCAUUAUUCAUUUCUCUGGCUGUUGUGGUUGUUCAAACAUCUGUUGUUGUGAUCGAGCAGAAGGCAAAGAAGCAGCUUGUUUUUGUAAUUAACAAGCUUAUGUGGAUGGCGUGUCUUUUCAUUUCAAUUGCCUUCAUUUCUCUCACAUAUGUGGUGGUGGGCUUACACUCCAGAUGGCUUGCUAUAUAUGCUACGGUCAUCGGGAGCCUAAUAAUGCUAUCUACAAUUGGCUCCAUGUGCUUUUGUGUCAUUUUGCAUAGGAUGGAGGCGACGAAAUUAAGGGCUGAGAGUCGCUCUCGUUCUUUAUCCAUGUCUCAUGCAUCAGAUCAAGAAAUUUUAAACAGUGAAUACAAGAGGAUGUAUGCACUUUAGGACAAGGAAAGCAGUUAUCUUACUGAAACGGCCAUUUUUUUCCAGCUUUAGUGAGUUCCUACGGCAUUGAGCAGUAUCUGGUUGUGAGAAGACGAGAUACAGGCUUUUAUAUAGCCUACGGGAGAACCCCUUUGGUAGCUAGCGUGCUGCGAAAUACUAUAGUAUCCCGGGUUUUUAUCCGGGUGUACACGUCUCUGCCUGAACCCAAGUAACUGAUAAUUUGUAUAGUGUUCUAUUACACUGACAUUGAUAUAUAUUUUGUUUGUUUUUUUUUUUUUGGCCACGACUUUUAUGGUCGACCUGUUAGGCCAGGAAAGAAAGAGCGGAUAAAUUUUUUCGGUUCUAUUGGUAAAUAAUUGAAUCCUAGAUUAUAUAGAA